GCGGGAAGCGGCUUUACGCGGGCGCUUGUUGUAUUUUUUUGGCCUCGGAGGUCGGGUCACCUCGCUCCCCGGCUUUCCUCUUUUAAAAUAAGAAGAUUAGCCUUUAUUAAAAAAUUUCAGGUAGGUAAAGAAAAAGAUGCCUGCCACGCAGAAGCCGAUGAGAUAUGGACAUACAGAGGGACACACAGAUGUCUGUUUUGAUGAUUCUGGGAGUUGUAUUGUGACUUGUGGAAGUGAUGGUGACGUGAGGAUUUGGGAAGAUUUGGAUGAUGAUGAUCCUAAAUCAAUUAAUGUUGGAGAAAAGGCUUAUUCAUGUGCUUUGAAGAAUGGAAAACUGGUCAGUGCAGUAUCUAACAAUACUAUUCAAGUCCACACAUUUCCUGAAGGAAUUCCAGAUGGUAUAUUGACUCGCUUCACCACAAAUGCAAACCAUGUUGUUUUCAAUGGUAAUGGUGCUAAAAUUGCUGCUGGAUCUAGUGAUUUUAUAGUCAAAGUGGUAGAUGUGAUGGACAGUAGCCAACAGAAAACAUUUCGAGGACACGAUGCCCCUGUUUUAAGUCUUUCCUUUGAUCCUAAGGACAUCUUUCUGGCAUCAGCUAGCUGCGAUGGGUCUGUCAGAGUCUGGCAAAUUUCAGAUCAGAUAUGUGUUAUUAGUUGGCCACUGCUACAAAAAUGCAAUGAUGUAAUAAAUGCAAAAUCAAUCUGCAGACUUUCUUGGCAGCCGAAAAGUGGUAAGUUACUAGCAAUUCCUGUAGAAAAGUCUGUCAAGCUAUAUAGAAGAGAAACUUGGAGUAAUCAGUUUGAUCUUUCAGAUAAUUUCAUCUCUCAGACCCUCAAUAUAGUAACCUGGUCUCCUUGUGGGCAAUAUUUAGCUGCAGGUAUUAAUGGUUUAAUCGUAGUUUGGAAUGUGGAGAACCAAGAUUGCUUGGAAAGGGUGAAACACGAAAAAGGUUAUGCAAUUUGUGGCCUGGCGUGGCAUCCUACUUGUGGCCGAAUAGCUUAUACUGAUGCAGAAGGAAAUCUAGGGCUCUUGGAGAAUGUUUUGGACUCUGUUGGAAAAGAAAGUCAAACAAUAAGGUAAUAAGUAAACAAGGUAUCUAGGAGAGUGGAAAAGGAUUACAGUAAUCUUUUUGAUGGAGAUGAUAUGAGUAAUGCUGGUGAUUUUCUAAAUGACAAUGCAGUCAAGACCCCCUCUGUUUCAAAAGGGGUUAUAAAUGAGGAUGAGGAUGAAGAUGACCUCAUGCUGGCUCCAGGUCAUCCUAGACAGCAAAGUCACAUCCUAGAAGAUGAUGAAAACUCAGUUGAUAUUGCAUUCCUAAAAACUGGUUCUGGUCUUCUCAAAGAGGAGGAAGAAGAUGAUCAGGCAGGCAGCUUUCACAAUCUACCACUUGUGACAUCUCAAAGGCCUCUCUAUGAUGGGCCUAUGCCAACUCCCCGGCAAAAACCCUUUCAGUCGGGUUCUACACCCUUGCAUCUUACUCACAGAUUCAUGGUGUGGAACUCAAUUGGAAUUAUUCGCUGCUAUAAUGAUGAACAAGACAAUGCCAUAGAUGUGGAGUUUCAUGAUAGCUCUCUACACCAUGCAACACACUUGUCAAACACUUUGAAUUAUACAAUAGCAGAUCUUUCCCAUGAGGCUAUUUUGUUGGCAUGUGAAAGCACUAAUGAACUAGCAAGCAAACUUCACUGCCUGCACUUUAGCUCUUGGGAUUCAAGCAAAGAGUGGCUAGUAGAUAUGCUGCCAAAUGAGGAUAUUGAAGCCAUAUGUCUCGGUCAGGGAUGGGCUGCUGCUGCCACGAGUGCCAUGCUCCUUCGAAUUUUAACUAUUGGAGGUGUUCAGAAAGAGGUCUUUAGCCUUCCUGGACCUGUGGUGUCACUGGCAGGACAUGGAGAACAACUUUUUAUUGUUUAUCACAGAGGUACAGGAUUUGAUGGAGAUCAGUGCCUUGGAGUUCAACUUUUAGAGCUGGGGAAAAAGAAAAAACAAAUUUUGCAUGGUGACCCUCUUCCUCUUACACGGAAAUCAUACCUUGCAUGGAUUGGGUUCUCAGCUGAAGGUACACCCUGUUAUGUGGAUUCAGAGGGCAUUGUUCGAAUGCUUAACAGGGGUCUUGAUAAUACAUGGACUCCUGUCUGUAAUACAAGAGAACACUGCAAAGGAAAAUCUGAUCACUACUGGGUGGUUGGUAUCCAUGAAAAUCCCCAGCAACUGAGGUGCAUUCCUUGUAAAGGUUCUCGGUUUCCUCCCACCCUGCCACGCCCUGCUGUAGCCAUAUUAUCCUUUAAGCUUCCUUACUGUCAGAUUGCAACAGAGAAAGGACAAAUGGAGGAACAAUUCUGGCGUUCAGUUAUGUUUCACAAUCACCUUGAUUAUUUGGCUAAAAAUGGUUAUGAAUAUGAAGAGAACACUAAAAAUCAAGCAAUAAAAGAACAACAAGAGCUUUUAAUGAAAAUGUUUGCGCUUUCUUGUAAACUGGAACGGGAAUUUCGUUGUAUGGAACUUGCUGAUCUAAUGACUCAAAAUGCUGUGAAUUUAGCCAUUAAAUAUGCUUCUCGUUCUCGGAGAUUAAUAUUGGCCCAAAGACUUAGUGAAUUGGCUGUAGAGAAGGCAGCAGAAUUGGCAGAAAUCCAGGAGGAAGAGGAAGAGGAGGAUUUCAGAAAAAAGCUAAAUGCUGGUUACAGUAAUACUGCUACAGAGUGGAGUCAGCCAAGGAUCAGAAAUCAAGUUGAAGAUGAUAUAGAGCACAGUAGAGAAACUGAUGAAGUAGAAGAAAAACCAGAAAUAAGACAGAAGUCAUAUUCCAAAAGUGCAAAUUCCUGUGAUGUGCCAGCUAUUAAGUCAGGUACAGCAAUCUCUAGCACCCAAGGACGAGUAAACCCCUUCAAGAUAUCAACCAGUUCCAAAGAGCCAGCCAUUUCGGUGACUUCAGCACGGUCAACUAAUAUUUUAGACAAUAUGAACAAAUCGUCCAGGAAAUCCACUGGACUUAAUCGAGCUGCAAAUGAUGAAACGUCUCCGGUAAUAAAGCCUUUAAUUCCAAAGCCAAAGUCUAAGCAGGCAUCUGCAGCAUCCUAUUUCCUGAAAAGAACUUCUCAAGCUGAUAAGACUGAAGAAAUAAAAGAAGAUAAUCCUAAAAAUUCAUCUUCUGAAUCCCCAGCUAUAUCUUCUCAUAACACUGAAAACCAAAGGGCAAAGACUGGGUUCCAGAUGUGGCUGGAAGAAAAUAGAAAUAAUAUUUUGACUGACAAUCGUGACUUUUCAGAUGAAGCAGACAUAAUAAAAGAGGGAAUGAUUCGAUUUAGACUAUUGUCAGCUGAAGAAAGGAAGGCAUGGGCUGACAAGGCCAAAGGAGGCACUGCAAGUGAUGGAGCUGAAGCAAAAAAACGAAAACAUCUGGUCAGUGAAAAUAAUGAAACAGAAAAUCAGAAAGAAAAAGAAAAGGAGAAUCUGAAUUUGCCUAAAAAACGAAAGCCUUCAGAUGUUUCUACAAAUCAGAAAUUAUCAGCUUUUGCAUUUAAGCAGGAGUAAAGGACAGAAGUGAUUUUAGGGAAGUAAUGGGUUUUUUACUUAUCUUUGAUGAAUCUGGGUUGUUUUUUUAAUCUUUAGGAAACUUGUAUGUUUUUCAAAGAGUUUAAAAGCAGCUGUUUGACUUACUUAAUAAGAUAAGAUAGUAAAUAUAUUUGUAUAGUUGAAAGGAAUCCUCUCUGAAGAGUACUCUGUCCCCAAAUGGAGCACCAAUUCAGAAGCAUUGUGAUUGUGGUUACUGGCGUGGAAGACAAUUUGAUUUUGUUUCUUACCAUUCAGAAUCAUCAAAACCAAGCCCUUAAAACCUCCACACAUUAAGUCCCCUUGGGGGGUCGGGGGAGGGUUUCUUCAUUUGGUUUGUUUCAUGCACUGGAAAGGACCACAAUAGUCCUCUACCCAAAUGUGUUGUCCUAGUCUGUUCUCUAUGUCUAUACUAGACCUAGAGGGGGACCGUGUCUUUGAAUCUGGGCCCUAAAUGUGUAAAUAAUUGUGUAGAUGAGACUUUUUCUUUUUAAGUUUGGAAAUGUCUUCAUAUCUGGCUUUCAGUUGUUUGUAUAGCCUAAUUUUUUUUUUAAAUAAAACUUUAGCAUUUCCAUAUUUGGCUUGUUGUGGUCUUAACAUUGCAUUUAUAUGUCUGAAAUGGCUGUAGAAAAUCUGUUUCAUAUAUACUGCUGUAAUUUCCAUCGCCAUCCUCCUCCCGGUUUGCAGUGUACAUGUAGUAGCACAGAGAAGGAUCAGAGGUAUUGCUUUGAGAGUUUUGCAGCCCAGGGCAUAAUAUGCUCUUGGCGAGAUACUCUGGUUAUCAGCAUCAGCAGUGCUUUUAUGAUCAAGUCUUUGAAGUCUUGAUAAGAUAGUAGCUGAAGAAUAAGGGAAGAUGUUUAACUCUUUUUUUAUUUUGAACAAACAAGGUUUAAAUAUUUUAUACAUUUUUGGUUAUUAUUUCAAGCAGAGACUUAAUACAAAAGCAGUUCUGUGAGGGCAAAAUACUGGGGAGAAAAAAGAAGUAGUAAAAUAAAAUUAGGUGGCUCAAAAUUGAGGGUAGUUUUAUAUGUUGAAAGGAACAAAAUAUGUUGAAAAUUCAGACAGACGUAUUGCAGCUAAAGUAUAUUCCUAUCCCAAGAUAAUUAAGGGUAGGAAGGAGUUUUUUAUUUUCUACCUAGUAGUAGCUGGUAUUGAGAGGCAUUAUAACACAGUGGUUAGGGGCAGAUUCCACAGCCAGACUGCCCGGAGUUGAACACCAGCUCCACUACUUACCAGGUGGGGACCUUGAGCAAGUUCUAACCUUUAUUCACUUAUCUGUAAAAUGGAUAUAUUAAUAGUAGCUACUUCAUAGGACUUACGAGAUAGAAGCCCUUGGUUCCUAGCACAUAGUAAUGUUUUAUGUAGUUAGGUAUUAUUGUUAUUAUGCUAUCAGCUAUUUUAUCUUGCUUUGUCAUUGGGUUUGAUUCUGAA